AUGGAGACAUGAAUCACCAGGCAUCAACGUGUGGCAAAAUCCUGAUAUUCCUAUCGGUGUGUCUGGUCAUAUUGACAUUACCCUUCAGUUUGUUUGUAUGCUUUAAGGUGGUCCAGGAAUAUGAACGGGCUGUUAUCUUUCGUUUAGGUCGUUUGAUGCAGGGUGGUGCCAAAGGACCCGGUAUAUUUUUCAUACUGCCCUGUAUAGAUUCAUAUGCCAGAGUGGAUUUACGUACAAGGACAUAUGAUGUACCACCACAAGAGGUUUUAACAAAGGACAGUGUUACUGUGUCAGUGGAUGCCGUUGUCUACUAUCGCGUCUCGAAUGCAACAGUCUCCAUAGCAAAUGUUGAAAAUGCACAUCAUUCGACAAGGCUGUUGGCGCAAACCACUCUUCGCAACACAAUGGGCACACAACACUUACACGAAAUUCUCAGCGAACGUAUGACAAUUUCCGACACCAUGCAG